UGGAGCUAGCAUGGCAACAAACCACACAACAAAAGGAAGUGAAGCUUGUAUGCGCACUAAACAUAUGCGUUUAUAUAACCUCUAGAACUUCUCGAGAAAAACGUACUUCCUUGUUCUCAUUUGGCUCGAAAGAGAUUUUAAACCAUCUCGGCAACCAUGGAGUAAAAGAGCGAAAAGUUGGGUCUGAAUCCACACAAGUUGUCGAGCCCUUCCCAGGGCCCUUUGGGGCCCAGGAAGAGGAUGCAUCGUGGUGGGGACAAGGACUUCCAGAUAUCAGCACGAACGAUGGGCACAUCCUUGCUUUUCCAGCUGUCAGCUCAUGAAAGAGAGCUGGAUUUGGUGUUUUUGGACCACAGCUAUGCCAAGCCAUGGAAUGCCCACCCAGAUGCCAGCAGUGCCCGGCCCACAAGGACGCUGUUUGUUACCUCUCGUCGCCAACCUGAAGCCUUGUCAGACUCUGAUUCUGUUAUAGAUGUGGAAACAGUCACACCGACACCUGUUCCUCUGUAUGACAAUCAGAAAGCUCUUAGUGUGAUGAAGGAGUGUGAGCGGCAUGUUCUGUUUGCUCGCACGGUUGCUGAGAGCCCUCCACCCCCCGACGACUGGGAGGAACAUGUAAACAAGACUGGAUGGUCAGUGACCCAGAACAAACUGUUCAAUAAAGUCCUUAAAGCUCUGCAAGCUGAAAGACUAGCUCGCCUGGCCAAUGAAAAUGCUUCCAAUGAGCCAAUUUUACGGAGGAUAGCCGUGGACAAGUGUGCCAGGAAGGUGCGGCAUGCGUUAGCCGGUGUGAACUGGGACAUCAAACUGACGCAGUGGUUACACACCACCAUGAUUGAAUCCUUAAGCCUCGCCAUGCUUGCUGCUUACCUGGAUGUGCUGCAGACUCUCAAAAGCAAGUUGCCGUUGCUGAUUGACAGAAUGUUGCUGACAUCGGCAAAGACUGGCGCUCCGAGUGCAGAGGCUUUGUCAUUGCUACUGAAACGGCCCUGGGACCCAGCUGUUGGAGUCCUGUCCCAAAACAAACCGAGCAAGCUUCCUGGAUCCCCACUCAUCCUAAUUGCACCAUCAAGCCCAACCAAUCCUGCCCUCUCUACCUCGCGGCGAAUGAGAUUCUGGCAGUCGCAGCUCUCCUGCCUGGGAAAGGUCAUCCCAGUGCACAGCCAUGUCAAUAGCAGCGCAAAUAUUGGCAUCACACAGUGCCUAGAACACAUGUUAGGCACUGUCAGGGCCAAGGUCAUGGAGGUUCACAGCCACUUCCCUCACAAACCCAUUAUUCUGGUCGGCUGGAACGCUGGUGCUCUCAUCGCUUGUCAUGUAUCCCUUAUGGAGUAUCUGACCGCUGUGGUGUGUCUCGGCUUCCCUUUGCUAACAGUCAACGGGCCAAGAGGGGAUGUGGAUGACCCACUGCUGGACAUGAAGACCCCGGUGUUGUUUGUGAUCGGCCAGAAUGCUCUGCAGUGCAGCAUAGAAGGCAUGGAGGAGUUCAGGGAGAAGCUGAGGGCAGACAACAGCAUGGUGAUGGUGGGCGGAGCAGACGACAACCUCAGAAUCAAUUCAGCAAAGAUGAAAUCAGAGGGACUGACACAGACCAUGGUGGACCGCUGCAUUCAGGAUGAGAUAGCUGACUUCUUGUCAGGCGUCCUCACACGGGCAGAGGGCCAUGGCCAUGGCUCAGGGGAGAUGAGGGACCUGGACACAGAGAAGAAGAAAAGGCCUAGACGGGAGCUUCCCUUUGAGAUGGAGAGAGGACGGCCUUCCUCCCCUGCGCUCAGAGUUCCCAUCUCACCAUCAGGUUCAGAGGAUCUGUCCAGUGUCUGCAGCAGCCCCACUUCAAGUCCCAAACCCAAGACGUGUGGUCUCUCUCCAGCACAGAAGUCCAGUCUGAUCACAGCCACGCAGCUCCUCAAGACACACAUGCAGCGCUCUGGGACAGUGCUCACUCACAAGCAGGCUCAAGCUCAGUUUGCUGCUUUUAUGAAACAAAACAUGCUUGUGAGGAAAAAUCUUCCUCCUGGCACCCCUCCUUGUAUUUUUGUGCCAGUGACCAGCGAUCAGAUGGAGGGCCUGGACAGAGAUGAGCUGAGGCCCCAUGGCAAGAGGAGGCAGGCGCCUAGUCCCACACCAAGCAAAGCCUCCAAGAGAGCGAAGAUCAAGGUCACCAUUGUUUCCCAGAACGAGUCAGUAGGGGGCACCAUGAGCCCUGCUGCACAGGAAGUGGGUGUUUCUGGGAAGCCCUUAACAGUGACAGUGGGACAGACUGUGGCUGGAGCCAAGGAGCUCUCUGGACUGCUCACAGGCCAGCGGUCUGGUAGUCUCUCAGAGAUGUCUGGUGCCCUGUCCCCAGGCGCCAGCUCAUUCAACAGCGUGCAGCCUUGCAUGGUGUCAGGGUCCUCCACACCAGUCCAGGCGCAAGCUCCGGCUACUGCCCAAGCGCCGUCCGCCAGCAGUCUGCUACAAGGCCUAAGUUUCAGUCUUCAGGAGAUCGUCACCAAAGCUCCUAGUCUGCCGUCCACUGCAGCCAACGCAGGCAGCACCCAGGCGGUCUGUGGGAAGCCCCAGGGUCAGGUCCUGAGCUCCAUCGGUACCAGCAGCAGUACUCUGCUCCGGGCGGUGCCUGUGGUCACCACAGGAGGAGUGACUAAAACCACUGCCAUCCACCAGCUGCUCACCAAUGGCGGGCUGGCCAAACUUGCCAGCAGCUUGCCCGGCUUGGCGCACAUCACCAAUCAGACCGCUGUAGGGCAGAAAGCCCCCACUUCGAUAACGGUGACCCUUCGAGGAGCACAGCCGAGUCGAGUGGGAUCUCUCAGCCAAGCUGGUGAGGUUGUGACGCCGACUCGUACCCAUGAGCCAAAGCAGUGAAAAUCUCAGCUCUCGGUUUCCAUGUGGGGAUUAAGCUGGUGCUGUGCCAGAGGCGUCUGGGAGCCACAGCCUGCUGAAAAGCCUGUACCCUCCCUGCAGUGAUGAACGCAACACCCCACAACACGCAGAACACCUGCCUCACAUCCUCCAGAGGGCUCCCCAGGCGAGAUGGUUGGAAAAGGCCAGGCAGCCACCGUCGGCUGUGGCUGAGCCGCGACGAUGCUUAACCUCCCUGCACGGAGCGCUGACUCUACUAACACUGCAGUGCUGCUCUUCAUGCUACAGCCUGUGCUCUCUUCUUGCACCUUUAACUUUAAUGAACAAAUUCUGACAGCCUGAUAUACAACAUCAUCCCAUGUCCUCCUCUAGGGAGGAAAUUACAUCGUGUGGGGAUAAACUGCAACCUACUGGACUGUGAUAAUGCCAGUGUGCAGGCUACAAAAGGACAGAUGUGCAACUCUUGAUGCUGCACACAUACCACACGGCAAUUAAAAAAAAAAAAAAAAAAAAAAAAAAAA